GGCGCCGCCGGCUUCGGCUGCUGGGGAGGAGCUGUGGGCCGGCUGCGGCCGCUGGAGCCUGCGCGUGUGCGUGCCCGCGCCAGCGUGCAAGUGUGAAUAGUGUUUUGCAAUGGCUGAGGGUUUGCGAGUAGCAGCUGCCAGCCAAGCCAAGAGACUAAAGAGCAGCAGCACCAACAGUGAGGAGAUUGAAAAGCAAGAGGAAAACGGACAUCAGGCCAAAAGAUUCAAGAGAGACCAGGAGGAUGUGGAAGACCAGAAUAAGAAGCUUCCCAAAAGGAAGAUUGUCCUGUUGAUGGCGUAUUCUGGGAAAGGUUACCAUGGGAUGCAACGAAAUGUGGGAUCCCCUCAGUUCAAGACGAUUGAAGACGACUUGGUGUCUGCCCUUGUUCAGGCUGGCUGCAUCCCAGAAAACCAUGGGGAAGAUAUGAAAAAGAUGUCCUUUCAGAGAUGUGCACGGACAGACAAGGGUGUGUCCGCAGCUGGACAGAUAGUGUCACUGAAGGUCUGGCUGACGGACAGCAUUUUAGAAAAGAUCAAUAAUCAUCUCCCUUCAGAUAUCAGAAUUCUGGGACUGAAAAGAGUCACUGGGGGAUUCAACUCUAAGACCAAAUGUGAUGCCCGGACCUACUCCUACAUGCUACCAACAUUUGCCUUUGCCCAAAAGGACCUUGAUCCCCAAGAUGAAACCUACCGACUGAGCCAAGAGAGACUGGAGAAAGUCAACAGACUUCUUGCUUGCUACAAAGGAACUCAUAACUUCCACAACUUCACCUCUCAGAAAGGGGCCAAGGACCCCAGUGCCAAUCGGUAUAUCAUGGAGAUGUUCUGUGAGGAGCCCUUUGUGAGAGAAGGCAUGGAAUUUGCAGUGAUAAAGGUGAAAGGCCAGAGUUUCAUGAUGCACCAGAUAAGGAAAAUGAUUGGUCUGGUGAUUGCAGUAGUGAAAGGUUACACGGCUGAGUCUAUCAUGGAGCGCAGCUGGGGAGAGGAGAAGGUGGAUGUCCCCAAAGCGCCGGGGCUGGGGCUGGUUUUGGAAAGGGUGCACUUUGAAAAGUACAACAAGCGCUUUGGAAAUGACGGGCUGCACGAGCCUCUGGAAUGGGUAGAGGAGGAGGAGAAGAUUGCUGCUUUCAAAGAGGAACAUAUCUAUCCAACAAUUAUAAACACGGAACAGGAGGAAAAGUCCAUGGUGAAUUGGAUGAAUACCCUCUCCAUCCAUGACUUCAGUUCCACUGCUACAGGGGCGCAAGCCAAUGACGGGAGCUCCAAGAACAACAAUGAACUUGAUGGCAGCGAUGGUUGUGACGAUGACUCGGACUGAGCCCAUAAAUGACUGGAACCAGGACCUUUACCACUUACAGUUCAGUUUGCAUAGAACAAAGUGGCCUUUCUUAAUCCAGUUCUUAAAGGAGAAGAUCACUUACGCGCUGAACAGAGGAAUCGCUUAUGCCCAAAAGGAACUGAGCUGGAAAAGCAAUGCAAAAUGACAACAAAACUGACCAUUUACAGGACUAACCAAUGCAUUUGAAUUGGAAUACUUGAAAACUAAUCACUGAAAAGAAAAUGUGCUUCAGAAAGGAACUUCCUGGUGCAGGCGGAGUUCUUUUCCUUGCCAUUUGAAUUGUUUUUAUUACAGUAAAAGUGCUUACUUGAAAAAUACAGUUAUUUAAAUAUGUACAAUCUUUACAGGGGGAAAUAUAAAAAAAAACAACCCA